AUGCUCGGUUCUAAAUUGCUACCUGUUUGUGAGGAAAGAGCGGCUGUGGAGAAACUCCUCAGAGCAUCUUCCGUCGAGAUGGCUGCGCUGCUCGUGCUGACCUCAGAGAUCAGCGCACAAGAGGGCAGCAGCAAUGCGCGCGGAGUCCUGUCACAGAUCUACCUUUCUGUGCGGGCAAUCGUUGAGGCUGCAAUGCAGACCCCCGCUGGUCCUCUGAUAGUUGGGGAGCUUUGCUUCCUGCUGUUGGUCUGUGCUCUGAAUGGCGGAAUCGAGGGUUGCAGAAAGGGAGCAAACUGGGCGCAGGAACUCGCAAGAGUCCCCAUGCAUCAGUUGGCCUCGGCACUGGUCAACAGCAGUUGCGUGUCUUUCUGUGGUGUGUGGCUGCCCUACUUCAUCCAAGGCAGAGGGGAGGAGUCCAACGAGACGAAGUCUCUCACCCCAAUGAUCUUCGCAGUCUGCGUCAACAUUCCGUACCUGAUCCUGGCUCCCAUUGUAAUGGCCGUCAGCAACAUGACCAAGUGUCCCUGCGACAAUCUCUCUUACUUUCAAGCCGCCCUGCAGGUCUUCGAGGUUUUCCUUCAGAUAUCCUUCUUGCUCAUCUUUCUCAUGCGGACCUACCUUCAGCGCGCAACGCUUUACCUUAUGCAGCUUGGUCGACAGAAAAUCAGCACGUUAGAGUUCUCAUUAAACGACAUGGCACACAUGGCUUACUCAAUUGUGGCCAUCACAGCCUUGGCUGGGCGUGUGCUUACCCUUCUCGCGCUCUACGAAGAUCCUUCUCUCCUCUCACAGCUCCUGACGAUUCUAACGACACGAGCAAGCUCUGGUUUUCCGGAAGCAGCCGCCUGGUUCUUCUUGAUAGACGUCAUCGGUUUGACGGUGUCAUACAUCUAUCUUUCCUUCCUUGAGGACGGGCCAAUCGUGGCUUCUUGCGUGAUGGUCGGAGCUACCCUUAGUGUGCUGGGGCCUGCACUGAGCAUCGCGCUUUACUGCGCUUACCGGGAGAGCCUGAUUGCUGAAUCUGUGGCGUCAAUGAAGGAGGACGUUGAGAAGAAGGACGAAGACAUCCCUCUCUUGACGUUGGACGUGCACAAUCCGAACGACGGUGAUAAAAGAGCAAGCUUCUGA